AUGGCCGGCGGAAGGGGCGGACGACUGCCCGGGGCGCUACAAAGCAAGAGGCACCUUGAUUUCCUAAUACUGAUCAGGCGCAUUUCAACAGGUGCAGACAGAAGGGGAUCAUGUUGUCAUGUCACUACAAUAUUGUUUAAAACCCAUUUAAUUUCAAAUGAUAUUAAUAUCAAAGAUUAUAUUGAAAAAUUAACAAAAGAUACAAGAUUUGAUGAUAUUUUAUUAAAUUAUGCAGAACUAUUGGAUCAUAUUGAUGUUAAUCAUGAAAAUAAUGAUGAUGAUGCAAAUAAUGACAUGGACAAAUUUGACAAUGAGAAAGCGAUAUUUCUGCUAAUGAAUUUCGGCGAAAUGAAAAUACAAAGAAAAGAACAAUGUCAAAUAAAUCAAAGCGUGAAUAACGCAGUAACGCUUGCGUUACUCGUUACCAGUAACGCAAUAACCCAUGCUAACGCUUUAGUCGCAUUGUGUCCGGAAGGUGAUAAAACAAUACAUUUUCGGUUGUUCGUCACUCAUACGGUGAUAUUUGAAAGCGUUGCUUUACUCAGUAAAAUAAUGACAACAUCAAAAUACUUUACUAAAAACACGUCAUCAUCUACCAAAAAUUCUGAAGAGCAAACUGUUGAUAAUCGAAUAAUUAGAUAUCUUGAAAGUUUAGAGCCUCCAUUAACAAUUGAAUUACCAAAAAAUGUUGAAUGGCUCUAUCCAUUAAAAUCUGCUAAAACUCGUCAGACAAUGUCAGAAUUUUUUCAUAAUUAUUAUUCCGAUUCAAAUAAACGUAUUCUAAUAAUUGGUAUUAAUUGUGGACGAUUUGGUGCUGGUAUUACUGGUGUACCAUUUACCGAUCCCAUACGUUUAAAAACUGUAUGUAAUAUUGAUAAUCAUUAUCCACAAAAAGCCGAAUUAUCAUCGAUAUUUGUUUAUCAAUUUUUUGAUGCAUACGGUGGUGUAGAAAAAUUUUGUCAACAAUUUUUUAUCGGACAAAUGUGUCCAUUAGGUGAGUAA